GGAGACAUAGAGAGACGCGUCCUGCGCGUGGACAGGCACAUUACAGAGGAAAAGCUGUUGAUUUCGAGCGCUGAAAAUUUACUGAUGAGCUUAAUUCACUCUUAAGGUCCAUAUCUCCCCUUUAUCUUUUGUUUCUUAUCAUCACUGAUUUUUUUAACCGCCACCCUGAAGUUCAUCGUUGUCAUUUUGGCCGCCGGGAUGGUGGCGUUUAUCGGAGCGGUUAUAUGCAUCAUCGCCGCGGUUCACAGCGGAUCUCCACCGGCAUCCGCGGUCGCAGCGCAGCCCCUGGCUGACAACCAUUCACUCUCACCGGACGCAACCGGGAAGGCGUUUUCCACCGGGUCCGUGGCCCGAGCAGGACCGCUGCACGCUCUUCACGGUACCGAUGCGACCAGCAGGGAACGAGGAGGACCGGAGGCGCCAACCUUCUACGGUUUAACUGGACUAGGGACCGGAGGCAGCGAGCAGCAGGUCACCUACAGCAGACUCAUCUGCACCCCUGUCCCCGCCGGUGAGUGCAACCCCAAAAACUUUCAGCAACAAGCGGACGACCCGUCGUUAUACGCGGGAGAGGACUGGGGGUACCUGCGCACCACCGCCGAGGAGCUCCGGCAGACCGUCCUGCAGCAGAAGGAUGAGAUCCUCACGGAUCAGAGAACCAUACGGGAGCUAACGGGAAAGCUCUCGGAAUGCGAGAGCGGCUUGAAGGGACGCAGGGUCCCGGAACGGAGCGCGGGGCUUGGGGAUGCGCGGAAAGAGAAUAAGGAGCAAAUCAUGAUGCGGGACGAUGCGGGGUCCUCGAUGCGGAGCACUCAUGCGAUGGAGGAGCUGGUGCAUGCCAUAACUCAAAUGAAAGACCGCAUUGAGAAACUGGAGGUAAGGAAGGCGCAGGACCUAGAUAAAAUAUCGUUGUCCAUCAUAUGGUUUCACUUUCAUUGA